AUGGCUUCUUCUUCAUGUGUUGCACGAGCUUCUUACGUGGAUAUCCCAACUGGCCAGAAGUUACCUCCCUCUUUCUUCUCCUCCUCCUUUAAAAAACCUCACUCCUCACUUUCCAUUUCACUCUUGCCAACUCCAUCCCUCUGUAGUAUAUUUCUCAAAAAUCAAACAAUGGGUUCCUCUGUAGUAUAUCUUCCUUUAGAGCACAGUCCUCGAAUGCUCAAAGAUUUUCUCAUUCAGCAUGAUUCAAAUUCAUCCUUCUCUAGCGAAAAUGAUCUUAGUGCUGAAAAGCUGCUUAAAAGUCGUUCAAGAUCACUCUCUGCAUUCCAGGCUAUCAUUAAAUCAGUCAAGAACAUCCACUUCACUGCUAUCAAAUCUCCAUCAAUUCUACCCAGAAGCCUUUCUCGAAGGCUCUCUAGAAGUAGAAGGAGCGCAUACAUGGAUAGUGAAACUGAAAACAAACAAACUGAAAUCAAAAUUACAGUUACCAUCAAAGACAUCGUACGGUGGAAAUCAUUUCGAGACAUUGUAGAAGAGAAAUCACCUCCGUCGGAUUUGGCGUCCUCCCCACAUCACUGCACCACAACCACCACCGCCUCUACGCCCUGUAGCAGCUGCAGCAAUAAUGGAUCAAGCUGGUGUGACAGUGAUUUCACAUCAGAGUACGGUAAUUUUGAUGAGUACGGUGAAAACGAAGUUAGCAAAGGAUAUUUACGGCGUGUCGGCGAGGAUAAGGACUCAAAGGAGCAGACAACAAACUACACAAAUACAGCAGUGGGGCUCAAGGAGAAGGAGAAGCAACAGCCUAGCCCAGUUUCAGUAAUUGACAUCGAAUUUGAAGAAGAUGAAAAGUUAAGAUCAUUUUUUGAUGUAGAUGAAGAAGAAAAGGAUGGAAAAGAGACGCACACCAGCUAUGAAGAAGGAACUAGUGAAGUGGAAGAAAAGGCAUGUCAAUUACUAAAUCUUGUUAAAAAGACCAAUUCAGUCGUGGACUGCAGAUUACUGCUGGAUUUCUUUCGAUGUGAAUUGAAGAAUCAAAGGAGAAAUGAUGGGUUUGAUAGUGAGAUGUUAAGCAGAGUAAAAACUUGGAUAGAUGGGGAACAGAGCCUAUGGAUUGGAUGGGAUAAGAAGCAGGCUAAUGUUAGAGAAAUGGAGAGGGAAGGGAAGUGGAGCAAGUUUGAAGAAGAGGAAGAAGAGGUUGCUUUGGCAAUUGAGAAUGGGAUGCUUGAUGAGCUACUGGUUGAUCUGUUCUCUUGAAUUUUGAUGGAUUGGCCCAUUCUGCUACGGUCCAAAACGCAUUAAAAGAACUGGAAUGAAAUUGGGCAAGACUAGAAUCUAUGGAAGAGACUCCUGUCUGCAUCAUGCACUGCCCAUCAGUUAGGCAGCCGUGGCCUGGGCUGAGAUUUUGUAGACGCAUGUAUAUAAAUAAAAAAAAGAGAGAUGAUCAUAGAAAUUCCUUAUUUUUCUUAGCAACUUAGCGGCGGUCAUUACUAACGUUGUGACUGCAUAAUUGGCAUUUGUUAAAUACUAUAAAUAGUUUCACGUUAUGCUGA